AUGCCGAUGGACCUCGACGCCAUCAUCGGGGCCGCCCUCUCGGGGAACCUGGAGGUCCUGGAGACAGCUUUUGCGGGAAACCCCAACUGGCAAGACUCCCUCUGGUGCUACCUCCGCUGCUUCCUCGUCGUCGCCUUCACGAAGACGCUCAUCGACGCCAACGCCCCGGUUGAGCCGGCGUACGCGGCCUUUAUCGAACAGCAGGUCGGCAGCGACGAGGACUGGAUCGAGUCCUUCUCACGGAAGCUGGUGGUGGGGCUUCGGCAGCGCGUCGAGGCCCAAAACUUUUUGGACCAUGUCAAACUAGAGGAACAGCUCGAGCUGCGCUUUAUUUUGCAGAUGCUAUCCAUGGAUGGGGGCUACGAUGAGCGCUAUUGGUUUGAUAUCCGCCCCGAGGUGGGGAAUCCCGAAGCGACGCGGCUGAUUACGCAUCUCCUGCUUGUCCUGGACACGGCCUGCUCAGAAGCCAUUACCUCGUGUGAUGUGCAGGAAUACGCCUGGGACUCACUCGCGUUUUCGAUCUCGCAGUACUCCGUAAGCCUUGCCCUGCUUCCUCUUUAUCCUUUUGAGGACGGGCUCCGGGCGAUGGUGGCGAUGGCGAUGCGCUUGCGCAACCCGAAGCACCGCGCGCAGGCCUACACCGCGUUUGUGCGCGCCGUUCGCGAUUCCGAAUUAGAUCACGCGGAGAUGUCCCGAGGGCAAAUUGAGGAGCAGGAGGCUUCUUUAGUUCGGAUGUUUGUGGAGUUGGACUCGGACACCGCCGUGCGGUCUGAAGUCCAGGUUCUGCUCAGUCAGGAGACCGCCGGCGACGCGCUGCUGACCCACAACAAAACCGCGGAAAAGAUUAUGUGGGAGGCGAUGCACGCCUACACCACAAAGGAUUAUAUGGCGGUCCUGAGUAAGGGGUUGGAAGCCUGUGUGGACUUUUGGUUGGCCGAUCCGGAGCCGGAGCUGGAUGCGAUCACGGAUGUCAGCCGCAUUUUAAUGCAGCGUGUGAUACCCGCCCUUGUGGAGCCCACGCAAAUGGCGCAUCCGUCCAGCAGCAUGGGCCCGGGGGGCAAAAUAUUCACCAUGAUCGAAGGCGGUGGCUGCUCGCAGGCUGAUGCGUUGAUCGGACCGACAUCCGGGCCUCUUUCCGCGCAAGGGUGGAGCGAAGUGGUGUUUUGGUAUGCGUUUAGUGAAGCUCGAGCCCUUUCAAAGGAGCACGCGAAAUACGCCAGCACUCUUGGUGCUGCACGCGCGACGUCCGCUAGGGUCGAUGGCAACCGAACGUUUCUUUUACAACUUUCGCAGAAUGAAGGACGGUUUAUGUCGAGGCUCAUCGUUCAGACGCAGCGUGCGAUUCGCCAUGGCGGGGCUGUCGUUCACCGCUCUCGGCGGUGUUUGGCGGCCGUUGUGUGGAUGCUUCAGGUGCUUGUAGAGGACGUGACUUUGAGUCUCCUUAAUAGCGACAAGGCGGAUGGAUUGGAGCUUAUUCAGACGGUAUUCGCCUUAUUAGAAGAGUUAAAUGAGGCAGGAUACCUACAUCCCAGCUUGCUUCUUCAAAAAGACGCAAAUGCGCUGUUCACAUGUAUUCGUGCGAUGCGAAUCACUUACGGCCAACGAGUUCUUCGUAAGCAUGUAGAACAGACGUUGCUGCGGGUAGAAACAGCGCGUGGGACUCUUAGAUUGUAA